GAAACCCUCGCAGUCACUCCAUCAGUCAAAUCAUUUCAGAUCACUCUCUCCAUAGAAGCAAUCUCUCUCCUUCUCUUGCCUGCCUCUCUCGCAAUCCCUGAAGAUGGCCAGAACUAAGCAAACGGCCAGGAAGUCCACCGGAGGCAAGGCCCCGCGCAAGCAGCUCGCCACCAAGGCCGCCCGGAAGUCCGCCCCGGCCACCGGCGGCGUCAAGAAGCCCCAUCGCUUCAGGCCCGGCACCGUGGCCCUGAGGGAGAUCCGGAAGUACCAGAAGAGCACGGAGCUUCUGAUCCGGAAGCUCCCGUUCCAGAGGCUGGUGAGGGAGAUCGCCCAGGACUUCAAGACCGACCUUAGGUUCCAGAGCAGUGCCGUGGCGGCGCUCCAGGAGGCCGCCGAGGCUUACUUGGUCGGGCUGUUUGAGGACACGAACCUGUGCGCGAUUCAUGCCAAGAGGGUCACGAUUAUGCCCAAGGAUAUUCAGCUCGCCAGGAGAAUCAGGGGAGAGAGGGCUUAGGAGGAUCAACAGCUUAGGGUUUAUAGCUUUCUCUUGGAUUGUUUUGGUAGGGAUUUCUUUGAGCUUCACGAUGAACGGUAGUGUAAUCGUUUGAUGAAAUUGAUGAAAAUAUGUCUUGUUGAAGUAUGGAAUUUAUCGA